GUCCUCAUCAAGUUUGCGAUCCAGGAUCACCGCUCUCCCCACAAAUUCCGACAAGAUGGGAUCCCCAUUUCUCACCCCGGGCACCCACUCGCAGCUCAACCAGCUUGCUCUCCUCCACCUCCGCCGCGACCAAGCCAUCCCGACGGUCCUCCAGCUGCACGACGACGACAACGCCGGCUACAAGGAAGGGAAAGUGACGACCACCCGCUUCGGAUCCUUCCCUCACACCACCCUCACCGGUCAACAAUGGGGCUCGCAGAUUAUUGCCUCAAAAGUCGACACGGGCUCGCGCCGCGGCCGGGGCCCGCAGAAGAAGAACCGGCAGCUCAAGCGCAAAGCGGACGAGCUCGAUUCUUCCGCCGCAACCACCCCGGCUGCUGAAGCGGGGAGUGGCAGUCAAUCCUCCCCGCAGGCCGCUGUCGCCGCCGCCAGCGGAUUCCUCCACCUCGUUUACCCGACCCCGGAACUGUGGACCAUGUCCCUGCCGCAUCGCACCCAGGUCGUCUAUACCCCGGACUACAGCUACAUCCUGCACCGACUGCGUGCACGACCGGGGAGCUCGAUCAUCGAAGCCGGCGCCGGUAGCGGCUCGUUCACCCAUGCAGCCGUGCGAGCGGUCUUCAACGGAUACCCCACGACGACGACGACGACGUUGACGACAGACGAGGGCGCCGAUGCCACGGCCGCCACACUACCAAAGAAGAGAAGACUCGGCCAGGUGUCCAGCUUCGAAUUUCACGAACAACGCGUGGGCAAGGUCCGGCAAGAGCUGCGGGAACACGGGCUGGAGGGGUUAGUGCACGUUACGCAUCGGGAUGUGUACCAGGAUGGAUUUCUGGUUGGGGACCCGCAGACGGGGACCUCACCGAAAGCCAACGCGGUGUUUCUGGAUCUGCCUGCCCCCUGGCUUGCGUUGAAGCAUCUGGUGCGCCACCCGGCCUCCGGAGCCGAGUCGCCGCUGGACCCCACAUCGCCCGUGUACCUGUGUACGUUCUCGCCCUGCCUGGAGCAGGUGCAGCGGACGGUCAGCGUGCUGCGGCAACUGUCGUGGCUGGACAUCUCCAUGGUGGAGGUCAACAACCACCGGAUCGACGUGAAGCGGGAGAAGGUCGGGUUGGAGUACGAGAAGGUGCGUGGUGCGGUCGUGUUCCCCAAGUCGGUCGACGAGGCCGUCUCCAAGAUGCGCCACGUCGAGGAGCACUCGAGGAAAUACCGCGAGUUGCAGCAGCAGCAGCAGGACGAGGAGGAUAGCACCCCUCUGCCUGCGUCGUUGGAUGCUGUCCUCGGCAAGGAGGAACAGAAGCCUGUCGUCUCGGAGAGCGAGACUCCGGCACCAACAACGGCGGCACUCGCGGAUCCAUCGUCUCAGACCUCUAGUGUUCCACUGUACGCACAGGGCCGCCUCGUUCACCGCACAGAAGACAAUCUGAAGACGCACACUUCAUAUUUAGUCUUUGCUGUUCUGCCGCGCGAGUGGACCGAGGAAGACGAGCAGAAAUGCCGCGAGAAAUGGCCCCCGCAUCGGGUUGACCAGCCUAUGCAGACCGAGAAGCCGAAGGGCAGAAAGCAACUCAAGCGCGAGCAAUUGCAGCGCGAGGAGGCUGAGGAGCAGCAGCAGCAGCAGCAGCAGCAGAAGCACGAGGAUGCAGGAGAGGAAUCGGGUAAAAUCAGGGAAGAAGCUUAGUUGUACCGAACUUGUACAUCACACUAAGCAUUAGUUUUGCAUCUUUCUGUUUCGUAUGUGUAAUUAUCUUCUCGCCUGUAGAAGGUCCGGGAGUGCAAUGGAGUUAGAUAGCAGUAUCUAAGCCGGGCUUCGAUAUGUCAGAGUAAAGUAUCUGCUCGGCUUCGGUGGGAUUGACCAGACCAGGUCUGGAUGGAAUGCAUCUUGCAUCGAAAAUGUGACGCGCAGCAUACGCGA